UUUGUCUUUACAGGAUUAUGUUGGUGAAACUCCUAUUCAUAAAGCAGCACGGUCUGGUAGUAUGGAUUCCAUAAGUGCCCUUGUGGCUCAUGGGGCGCAAAUAGACUUGAGAAAUGCCAGUGGCCUGACAGCAGCAGACCUUGCACAUACCCAGGGCUUCCAAGAGUGUGCCCAGUUUCUCUUGAACCUCCAGAACUGUCACCUGAAUCAUUUCUAUAGCAAUGGCACCUUAAAUGGGGUUCAUCAGAACGCAGGUCCCAAUCCAUUCAGUGGUGGGACAAGUCGAAAGAGAUCCUUUGAAGAUAUGGAGUCUGCUGGAGUGAAGAAGGCUAGAACAGAAGCUUACAGCUUUGAUGGCUUAAUACCCAUGAUGAACGGAGGCGUUGAGGACGAUGCUGACAAUAUGCACGUUGAUAGAGAGUUUGCUGUUGUAUCAGAUAUGAAUAGCAGUAGCACCCUAUUGAAUGCACUGACAAAUGGAUGUGCCAUCAAUGGACAUUUGGAUUUCAGCACCGCCCAGCAGCUCGGUGGGAUGGAUGCCAGGCCUGAGGAGGGUUUGACAUUAACCCCUAACGGAGUCCUUCCCGGAGUCACAUCUCCCGCUCGGCAUCGAAUCCACGCCAGCAACGGCCCCGAGGAGCCCGAAAAACCCCUGGGCAACCCCACGGAGAUGUGUGGGUCCCUCCACCUCAACGGCAGCCCCAGCAGCUGCGUCUCCAACAGGCCCUCCUGGGUGGAAGACCCCGGAGACACUCUGCACUACGGACACUAUCACGGUUUCGGGGAUACGGCCGAGAGCAUCCCCGAGCUCAGCAGCGUGGUGGAGCAUUCCAAUUCUGUCAAGGUGGAACAGAGAUAUGACAACACUGUCCUAGGCACAAUGUAUCUGUAUCACGGUUCCUAGAUGGCUCACCUUGACAGCCAAGUCAAAUUGCUACCAAAUGAAACCAGGGG